AUGGUAACAAUAAAUUAUGAACCUUUAGAACAUUUACCUUAUAUUGAUGAAAAUAUAAGUCCAGAAGAAAGAGCACAUGUGGAACAGCUAAUAGAAAUGGAAUUAGCCAAUCAGUUCAAUAACAAUGUCACUAAUAUGACAAACAACCAUGCCCAUACCAACAACAACAAUCUUAAUCGCGUGUCUCUACAACAGCAACUAUCACAACAGCAACAACUUCAUCAACAGAAUAUGCAUCCAUUAGUAGACCAAUUAUUGCCAUUGCCUGCAUCGAAUGUACCCAGUUCACUUCUAGCGAGAGAAGUGCUAAGAUAUGAAGAAGAGAGUGAAGAAGAUGACGAUGAUACUAACAAUCCGCCACCUAUUCUUAUGGAAGGUGGGAUUGAUUUGUCAAGAUAUACUGAUUUUAACAGUAACAACAGUGUAAUAUCACCAACUGAACGAGAAGUAGAUAUCAAUUAUAAUCAAAUGUAUACUACUUUAGAAUAUGCUCAUUUACAACAAAGGAAUUUGAAUGUAAUGCUUAAGAAUAAGCAAGAAUUAUCACAAUUGCAAUCUCAACAUUUGCAACAACUACAAGAGAUUGAUCAAGAUUUGCAACAAAGAAUUGGAGAUAAGAGACAAAUGAUUGAUGACAUUGAACAAACACGAAAGAAGAGACAAGUUGAUGAUUUCAAACCCGUGGGUGAUUAUUUACAACAACAAUGGCGAGAUGGUAUUGAAUCAUGUGUUGAGAUGAGUAUUGAAGGAGCUAAAUUAGAAAUGAAUUAA